AUAAUUGGGUUAACAAUAUUGGCUGCUGGGACGAGCAUACCCGACUUGAUUACAAGCGUUAUCGUAGCCAGGAAGGGUCUUGGCGAUAUGGCUGUGUCCAGUUCUGUUGGUAGUAAUAUAUUUGAUGUUUGUGUCGGGCUUCCAAUCCCAUGGUUAUUAUUUUUUAUUAUUGAGCCUCUUCGUAAUCCUGGCAGUGUUCAGGAUUUUGUUUCUGUUUCAAGGUUACAACGGGCUUGUGUGCAGUGUCGGCAUGCUCUUCAUCAUGCUGGUGGUUCUGGUCGCAUCGACCGCCUUAUCAAACUGGGAAAUGAAUAA